AUGGAGCCAGGUGCCUCCUUGGGGACCCUCAGCUCCGGUGGGCAGACUCGGGGAGCCCUGGACCCCAAGGUCCUGCAGCAGAUGGAGCAGGGAGAGGACUCGCAGCAGACCCUGCACACGCUGCGCGUCCUCCAGGACGUCAGCUCCGACCCUUCCUCCAACCUCUCCUCCCACUCGCUGGAGAAGCUGCCGCCUGCGGCGGAGCCCGCCGAAGGCACUUGGCGAGGACGGGACGCUGGCACCUCACAGCCCCGAGACCCCGCGCACCGGCCGCUGCUGCACGCCCACGGAGUCUUGAGGACGGGGCCGCCGCCAGGCCCCAGCGGGGAUGGCUCGCUGUUGGCCAGGCUGUUUGAACACCCGCUGUACCAGGUGGCCGCCCCUCCAGUAACAGAAGACGAUGUAUUGUUUAAUGUCAAUAGCGACAUCAGGUUCAACCCCAAGGCAGCGGAGAACCCCGAAUGGGCACCGGAGGGUACCGAAGGUGGAGAAUUCCUGCCCACAGGGGGUGUGGCUGUGGAUGCCUAUCCCAACUGGCUCAAGUUCCACAUCGGCAUCAACCGCUACGAGCUGUACUCAAGGCAUAACCCGGCCGUCGAGGCCCUCCUGCAGGACCUGGGUUCUCAGAGGAUAACCAGCGUGGCCAUGAAGUCGGGGGGCACACAGCUCAAGCUCAUCAUGAUGUUCCAGAAUUACGGGCAGGCGCUGUUCAAGCCCAUGAAACAAACAAGGGAGCAGGAGACACCCCCCGACUUCUUUUAUUUCUCUGACUACGAGAGGCACAAUGCUGAGAUAGCAGCCUUCCACCUGGACAGGAUCCUGGACUUCCGCCGAGUGCCCCCCGUGGCAGGCAGGAUGGUCAACAUGACCAAGGAGAUCAGGGACGUCACACGAGACAAGAAGCUGUGGCGAACCUUCUUCAUCUCCCCAGCCAACAACGUCUGCUUUUAUGGCGAGUGCUCCUAUUACUGUUCCACGGAGCACGCGCUGUGCGGGAAGCCGGACCAGAUCGAAGGCUCACUGGCCGCCUUCCUGCCCGACCUGUCGCUGGCCAAGAGGAAGACUUGGAGGAGCCCCUGGCGGCGCUCCUACCACAAGCGCAGGAAGGCCGAGUGGGAGGUGGACCCCGACUACUGCGAGGAGGUGAAGCAGACACCACCCUAUGACAAUCCCCACCGCAUCCUGGACCUCAUGGACAUGACCAUCUUUGAUUUCCUCAUGGGGAACAUGGACCGCCACCACUACGAGACCUUCGAGAAGUUUGGGAACGAGACGUUCAUCAUCCAUCUGGACAACGGCAGAGGGUUUGGGAAGCACUCCCAUGAUGAGCUCUCCAUCCUGGUGCCCCUACAGCAGUGCUGCAGGAUCAGGAGGUCCACCUAUCUGCGGCUGCAGCUCCUAGCCAAGGAGGAGUACAAGCUGAGCCUCCUGAUGGCCGAGUCCCUGCGCAGGGACCGAGUGGCGCCUGUGCUCUUCCCGCUGCACCUGGAGGCGCUGGACCGGCGGCUGCGCCUGGUGCUGCAGGCCGUGGGGGCCUGCGUGGACAAGGGCGGACUCCGCAGCGUGGUGGAGGAUGACCUGGGCGCCGACCGCCCUGCGGCCACCGCUACCGCCCUCGCGGCCAGGUAGUGACCCGCCUCCCCAGGGAGCCACCUACCAUCAUCCUGCCGCCGCCUCAGGCCCCAGGGCGGCUGCCGGGCGGGCAACUCCCACCCUCCAUGAAUUCAGUGAAUUCAGAGACGCUGCACAGCCCGCGGGGCCCACGGACCUUGGUGGUGGCCGCCCCCCUCCCCCUUUUGUAGAGCAGGCAGCCUUUACGUACGAUUUUGUAUUUAUAAGUGGUUAUCUGUAUAUAAGGGACGAGCCUACCGGCUACCGGUCUGUCCGGAGCAAGUGGGGCGCGGGCCAGCGGCGGGGACGGCCCCUCCUGCGGGCUUGCUGUCUCCCCGCCCAGACGGACAGACUGACGGCGCCCGGCGCGGACGGACCGUCGUGUCAGUAGGCCUGCGGAUGUGGGCAUCUGGCGGCGUGGUGGGCAGAUGGGCAAUAAAGGCUCGAUGCGCGGUGCUCGCUCUCAA